AUGAAAUGGAAAUUUAAGAUUAGAUUUGCUAUAUCACUACUUGCAUUAUCGUUUAUAUUUUCAUCAAAAGUAAGAUGUAUAAGCAGUUCAUCAAAAUCCAAUGAACUAGCACCAAAUCAUGAAACGAAGGAGUUCUGUAGAGCAGCUCCACUCGACGGGUUUGCAGAUUUUGGUGAAUGUAUGCCUCCAAGCAAUGAAGCUGAUUAUCUAAUUGAAGUAGUCCCAGUUAUAGGUCCUGGAAUUGAUUUACGAAGUGAAGUUGAAAUUGUGCUAUAUGGAGGAGAUGAAUCUCAAACAGCUCCAGUUAAAAUUUCUUCUCCUGAAACAGGAACUUCAAGGUCACUAACAGCCCACUUAUAUGAUAUUGGUGCGCCUCAACAAGUUGGAAUAUUCUUGAAAAGUGAUGGUAAGUGGAAGUGCUUAAAAAUAACUAUCUUUAAAGAUUAUCGCUAUUGGGUAUUCUCAUGCAAUGGUGAACUAUCUCCUAAACACCGUUCUCUUACAUAUGGUGUAAGUGGAAAUAAAUUAUACAUAGCAACUGUUAUGACUGGGAAAAGUGGAGAAGCUGGUACUAAAGGUGGUGUUGAGAUAAGCCUCGUUGGUGAGUCAGCUCACAGUGAUAAAAUUUUACUGAAACAGGGCUUUUAUUCGUCAACUGUGCGUCGAAUUAUUUUUAGAGCUGCAGAUGUUGGGAAUGUUAGAGAAAUUUCAUUGACAAAUACAGCACAAGAUGAUCCAUGGUAUUGUGAAUUUGUAAGGAUACAGUCUGAAGAUGGUACAAGCUCUGACUUUACUAUUCGUAGAUGGAUUGGGAAACCAUUUUCUCAAACAGUAACUUUAUCGAGUAAUAUAAUGGCUUCAGUAAAUGCACCUGCUCAGGACAUAGACUGUCAAACAAGAGCAAUGGAUAUUCUUUCAAAAGCACCUUCUUCAGUAUUAUCAUUCAAGGUAAAGUGCCCAAUAAACUGCGGUGCAGAGCGAUUUUCAGUAAUAGCUGGUACCGGGAUUCAUCCAGGAUCUACUUCAAUAUGUAAAUCAGCAGUUUUUGAUAAUAUACUUAGUCCUUCUGGUGGAGAACUAGUACUCACGGUUAUCCCCAGUAUGCCUAAGUAUUUUGGUGGUAAAGGCUCUCACUUAUUGGAAUCACAAGACUUCUUUCCCACCCCAGGUAGUGACACAUUUGGUUUCUAUACUUAUAUGAGUAAUUCCAUUGACUUCAUUGAAUCUGAAGUAAGGAUAGUUGACUCAACUGGGAAUUUAGCUUCAGUUGGUCGCUUAGAAGUACAUAGAUCUGGAAUUUGGGGUGGUGUUGCACUUAAUGGUGAGGUAACAGUAACAAAUGAGUAUGCUGCAACAUUGGCAUGCAAACAGUUAGGUUAUAGUCAUGGUAUUGUACUACCAUCAUGUAGUUAUGUAAAUGGUGGUAAUGUAUGUAUUCCCCCAGGCUAUCCCAUGUCUGUAGCAGGUUUACAGUGUAAUGGACAUGAAACAGAUAUUGCUCAGUGCAUAUUUGAAGAGCCUAAAUCAGUUAACCCACUAUCUACUGUUGCUGUUCAAUGUAGUUCAAUUACACCUAAAGAUGUUAUACAAGGGGCACUAAGGAUUGUUGAUGCUAAUGGUUCACCUUCUAGAAGUGGAUCUGGGAGAUUAGAGAUAUACAUGGAUGGAUGGGGAUCUAUAUGUAGUGAUGGAUUUACACCUAGUUCAGAAAAGGUAGCUUGUGCACAAAUGGGAUACUCUGGAAUAAAAGAUGGUGGUGCAUAUAGAAAAAGUUGUACAGAGUUUGAAGGAGUUAAUGUGUGUGGUAAACCAGAUGAACCUAUACUAGCGGUGGAUGUUUCAUGUCAAGGGAAUGAACAGAAACUAAUUGAGUGUCAGCAUUAUUCUUCAUCAAAUAUAUAUUGUGUUCAUGAAGAGGAUGUUGUUGUUAGUUGUGCUGGUAAUGGAGAUCCCACAGGAAAUGGCUCAUAUUUAAUGGAAAAACCACCAUCAAUUAUGUCAUUAAUACCAUACAAAAAAUAUGAAUUUGCUUGUAAUGAUAAUGUUGCAGGGUUUUCAGGGGCAGUAGGAGAUGGUGUAGUAGUUACUUGUCCUGUAAAGUGCUCAAGUGCAGCAUCUCAUAUUAAAGGAACAUUCAUAUACACUGAUGAUAGCCCUGUAUGUAAGGCUGCAAUACAUGCUGGUAUAAUUGAUGACAAUAAAGGUGGAGAUGUAUUAGUUAUGUUUGUUCAGGGACAAGCAGAAUACUUUGGAUUAAAUAGAAAUGGAAUCAAUAGCUAUAAUUUUGAGGGGGUUAGUGGUAAAUCUAAAAUAAGAGGAUCAGAAGUGGGAGUACAUCGUGCAAUAACAAUUUCAAAGGUGACAUCAUCUUUAAAUGAGGCAGAUAGUCUAACUUUACCAAAUGAAAUAGAGCAAGAAGAGCUACCUAUACUGGGACCACCUGUAUUAUCGUGGGUUUGUCCAACUGAUUAUCCUGGAUUUAGAGGGGGUGUCAAUGACUACAUUGAUGCAACAAAUUUACCAGGUGGGGAUAGAAUUGAAGCAUUAGAUGAUUUCACAAUAACAGCUAGAAUACUUAUAAGUGGUGGUCAAGGUACUUGGAGAACAAUUUUAGCUCAUACAGAAUGUUUGGGUAUAUCUCUAUAUGUUGAUCGUGAUAAUACGAUACAUUUUGAUCAAUUAUGUAAUGCUGAUACUGUAUCUUCUAAAUAUGUCCCGACAAUAAAUGAAUGGAUCUUUUUAGCUGUUGCUUAUAAUUUUAAUGAUAGGAAAGUCACAAUGUACAUAAAUGGUAAUGAGGUUGCAAAUAAAAAAACCGACUACGUAUUUAAUUUGAAAACGAAGUUGAUAAUUGGACGCAGUUCGGAUUCAGAUAGUGAAUAUUUCCUAGGACAAAUUGCAAAUCUAAAUAUUUGGGAUAAAUAUUUGUCAUCUGGAGAGAUAAAAGCAGCAAUGGAGAAGUCUUGGCAUCAAAAAGGAAACUUGGGUGGUGGUGAGUUAAGAGAUAAAAGGCAUACAGUAGAUGGCAGGCAAUGUAUAACACCCUGCCAAUCCGGUCACCCAAUUGCACAUAAGGUGGGCAGUAUUAGUUAUGCAACAAAUCCUUCAAUAAAACUAACAUGUGAUACAACCUUAGAUAAGGCUCCAUUUAAAAAAAGUGCAAGUAAACAUAGAGUAUGGUGUCCAUCUGGAUGUUUUGAAUCACGUACUCCUGUAAAGGGUUUUAAAGUAUAUACUCCAGAUAGUUCAAUAUGUAAGGCAGCUAUGCAAAUGGGUAUUAUAACAAAUACGGGAGGGGAUUUUGUUGUUGCUCUAUAUCCUGGACUUCAUCAUUAUAUAGGUGCGGCUGGUAAAAAUGGAAUUGUAAGCAAAGAUGAUACUAAUUCUCAUACACGUUCAUUUAUUACUGCUGUUGCCUCCAGACCACGACUCUUAAAUUGCUAUCAAAAUGCAAGUUUUAUAUUCCAAUUAUCUGUUGGGGAAAGAGAGUUGGUUCUGUGCCCUAGUGACUGUGCACUUGAAACUGAUGCUAAAGUAUAUGGUAUGGAUAUAUAUUCACCAAUGAGUUCUAUUUGUAGAGCUGCUAUUCAUUCAUCUAAAUUGAGUAGUGGAUCUGGUGGUGAGAUUGAGAUUGAAGUUGGGCCAGAACAAAGUCAUUUUGAGAAAUCUAACAGAAAUGGUAUACAAUCUGAAUCUAGUGGAUACUAUAUAAGAAGCUUUAAAAUUAUAUAG